AUGGAUAGUUUUGACGACUUUGACAUAACGCAAGAAGAUAUAACACAGAUCGAUAACAUCGAGUUCGAUUUGUUGAAUAGAAGUCUCCAUUUAUGUUCCGACGAAGAAAAUAAUAUUCAGCCUACUCAUUCGAAACGACGUCGGGUCGUACCAUCUGAUAGCGAAGACAGUGAUGCUGAAACCAAUCGUGCCAUCCAAGACUUAGACAGACGUUCGCCGCCUUCAACGUGGACUGAUCCUAAAGGUAAUCAGCGCACAAUUAUUGCUUUUACUGAUUAUCCUGGAAUGCAGCUCAGCUUACGCAUGGCCAUGACAAACAAAUGCCCAGCUGAUUUUUUUGCGCUUAUGGUGACAGACAAGGUCUUAAAUAAAAUUGUUUUAUGCACUAAUGCCUACGCCUUGAAUAGAAUAACAAUGUCUAAUGAAGCUUCGAAAGCAGCGCGCAUUCGCGGCUGGUGCCCUACUAACCUGAUUGAAAUGAAAAAAUUCUUUGGGCUAAUUUUAUACAUGGGUAUAGUUAGGCUUCCGAAAGUAGCUGAUUACUGGACCACAGACAAAAUCAUUGGACAGCAGUUUCCGCGAACCAUUAUGUCUCGCAAUAGAUUUGAGCUACUACUUGCAAUGCUUCAUUUUUCACAAGAAGAUGAAGAGAAUACUACCGAUCGCUUACACCGCGUAAGAGACAUGGUGGAAGUAAUGAAUGCAAAUUUUAAAAAAUCGUACACGCCUGGCGAAGAUUUAUGUAUAGAUGAAAGUGUGGUUUUCGCGGGCGAAUUAUAUUCCGGCAAUACAACAAGCAAAAACGCCAUAAGUAUGGGAUUAAGUUAUUUAAACUAUGUACCUUGCCUGGAUACACAUACAAAAUUAGAAUUUAUGGUGGAAAACAAAACGAUGACGUUAAUACUACGCCUACCAAGGUUGUUAUGGCGCUAUGCGAUGAUUUACUAA